AUGUUUUGUCGAAGAAGGCUUUGUAGUAUCACUCAUCAACAUUUCUCCGAUUGCACGACAUUGGGUGUUUUAACUGCGGAGUGCUUUGGAAAUGGAAGGAAUCAAUGGGUCAAGCAGCUCUGUAAACGUUCAUCAUUGAAUACCAUUUCGGAAAGAAAUUAUUCAUCGAAAUCACCUGAAAUUAAAACAUUGGAUCAAUUCUUUGAGAAACCAAAGGCCUUUGAUGCUGUAUUCUUUAUUAACAAGAAGGAUUUAAAUUUUGAUCAGUCUUUGAAGGUUUAUGAUGCAAUCAAGCCUCAAGAAAAAACCAUUAAUUUAAUAUGUGCCAUGAUAUUUAAUUGCCAACGAAACAAGCAACAAAAGAUGAUGAAAGAGUUACUCAAAGUAUUGCUGGAAAAGUUAGAGAGUUGUAAAACGGCGGAGGAGAUUAACAAGCAAGGUGUGAGAGAUCAUACUUGGAAUGGGGUGUUAACAGCGUUGUGUAUCGACUCUGAAUUUGAACGUCAUGCAAUCGAAUGGUUUUUCUUCAUGUUAAAUCACAAAGUAGCAAAACUAUACGACACAACCUUUGGCUUGUUUAUGAAUAUACUAUCGAGAAAAGGAAAUAUUGAAAAAUGCAAAGAAGUAAUGGAAUGGAUGAAAAAAGAGAAGAUACCUCUCAACGUCUUUAUUUAUUCCAUGAUGAUGAAAGCGAUGAUAAAAGCGAAUAGGCUCUCAGAAGCCAUUUCAUUAUUGGAUGAUAUGGAAGGACAAGGCAUCAAUCCUGAUGGUGCAAUUUUUAGCACGUUAGUAUCCGCCUGUGCCGAUUGUUUUGAGGAAGAAUACGGAAAGAAAAUUCAUGAAAUCAUUAACUCACGAGGAUUAGUACAUGAUUUGAAUGUGAACAACUCGCUCAUUAAGUUUUAUGCCGCAUGUAAGGAUGUCGAAACAGCUCAAUCACUAUUUGAACAAAUGAGAGCUAACAAGGAGCCAAUGGAUACAAUCACUUGGAAUUCAAUGAUAAAAGCAUUGGUGCUCUCAGAUCGUCUUGCAGAAGCCGCAAAGCUCUUACAAGAAAUGGAAAAAUGUGGCAUUCCUCCAAACUCUGUAACAUUUACUACAUUACUAUCUGGAUGUGCUUCCGCAAGGUCAUUUGAGAUUGGAAAACAUCUACAUUGGUUGAUAGAAUCCAAAGGUUUUACCAAUUUUACUAAUGUGAACAAUGCACUUCUCAGUUUCUACAUCAAGUGUAAUCAUCCAGAAGCGGCUGAGAGGAUAUUUACUGAUUUGAUUCUCAGGGACGGAAAGAGUAUUGACAUUAUUUCAUGGAAUUACUACAUUACUGCACUAACAUUGUUGAAGAAAUGGAGUCAGGCAAUAGCUUCUCUAACAGAAAUGGAACAACAAGGAGUGGAGCCCAACAUUACAACAUUUUCAACCUUACUGAAUGCGUGUGCUAAUCAUAAAAGAAUGGAGGACGGGAAUUACAUUUACUCGAUGAUUCAAGCUAAGCAACAUUUGAAAAAUAGCCCAGUAAUUUUGAACUCGGAAAUCAGAUUUUUCGAAGCAUGUGGAGAUUAUGAAAAAGUCAUCACUCUCUUCGAAACAAUGAAUCCUCGUGAAAUAUAUUCUGUAACAUGGCACUGUAUCAUCCGUAGUAUGAUUGCCUCUCACAAACUUUCAGCCGCUUUAUAUAUAAUUGAGUCAUGGAAAAAGACUGGACUAAAACUUGAUCACACCAUGCUAAUAACAACGAUCAAUGCGUGCACAGCGACAAAAUCUCUCGAAUAUGGAAAAAGAGUUCACAAACUUGCCACCGCUAAAGGAAUUACCAACUGUCUUCCCCUUAACAAUGCCUUAAUUCGUUUCUAUGUGAAAAUUAAUGACCUCGACAGUGCCUUAUCAUUGCUGAAUUAUAUGGUAAAGUUACACUCCAAAACUAAGCCCUCUCUCGACGUUGAAUCCUACAAUUACAUAUUCGAGGGUUAUGCCCAAAUGGGAUGGAUUAACAAGAUACUUCCUAUUUUCAAAGAAAUGGUCGCAAGCGGAACAACACCCAAUGAUCUGACCUUCACGAGCAUUAUUAGAGCAUGCACUGUUGGUGCUACGGAUGGAAAGACUGAGAAAGCUCUAUCGAUUUAUCAUGACAUGGAACGAUUUUUUGGAGUACAACCAACGCGAGAGCAUGCCACCUUAAUAUUGGAACUCCUGAUCAAGAUGAAACGACAUGAAGAAGCAGAGAAAGUCCUACUGAAUGGACCUUUAGUGUCUGACCAAGCAUCGUGGCUCAUGUUACUCAAUUCCUGUCAAAAACAUCAUGAAACAGAGCGAGCUGCCAAAAUUCAGAAUUAUUUAGUAGAAUGCCAUGCUUAA